AUGACAGGCACAAGCCUGUUCACGCGCCCAAACGGGACUACAAAGCGGCCCUCGAAGCUUCGUAUCUCUUUCUCUCCAAACAACCACCUAGCAAACAUACCUCCCCACCUCCCGAAACAAUCAAACCAACCCUUCACGAUGAAAUACACCUACAACAUCUACCAAUGGUGCAUCUACACCUGCUGCCCAACCCAAAUCUUCCUCGACAUGGACUCCGAAGCCCUUGAACGCCACUCCACCUACUUCCGCUGGCUACUUUCCUUCUACAACACUCCUUGGUAUUACCGCAGUCCCGCAAAACGAACUAAAGACAUUCAUCUCUGUCCCUUGCACCAUUGGAUGCAACCGAAUGCACUCAGAUAUGUGCUUUGCGCUAUCAACAAGGCCAAAAAUGGCAAGAAGAUCUUCUUGGAUUUGCCUGGAAACUUUGUCAUGGCGGUAGAGGUGUAUCAGGUGCUGCUGUUUUUGCAGGUCGAGGAGUGUAUUGGACCGUUGCAUGGGCAUAUCAGGCAGGUUAUCAGGGACAGACCACUUGAGGCCAGAGAGCUUGAGGCUGUCUGGUGGUGCCUUCGCAAUCUUGCUCCGAGAGUCUACGAGUUUGCUCUCAGUACUCGAUACGAGCGCGAAAGACAAGUUUGGUUGCUGGGACCAGAUUUCGAAGAUCCAGAGCACAACAACCAGGGCAUGAGAAUCGUCGAAGAGACAGAAUCGUCAGGGGAGGAGACACUCGUCGAGAUGGACACAGAUAAAGACACGGAGACAAUCUUCGACGACACCAACACUGCCUCGAACAAAAACGGCUAUACUGCAGAAGACGAAGCAACCGAUCGAAAAGACGAAUCAUUCAACGAAGAAGAUGAAGCAUCCGAACAACAAGAUGAGCAAGUCACCUCAUACAUUACCCACCGCCGUCACAGCUUACCUACACCAUACUUCAAACCCAUGUACGAUAUUAGCACAAGCGACUUCUGCGAAUGCGCAGACGAAGAACCCGAACACUGA